UGAUCGUGGGAAUUAGUACGUUUGGUUUCAUUUCGCGGUGUAAAUUAAAAAAUAAAAAUAAAAUAAAAAACCCGAAGCCCUGUCCCCUUCCCAAUCCCUUUCUCCGAUCCUCUGCAACCCUAAUCCCCUGCAAUCGGAUCGAUCCUCCCUGCGCUCGAUCUAGGCAACGCCAUGGCCGACGACGACGACGGCGCCGGCGCCGCCGCUGCGGCGGAGGAGGAGCAGGAGGAGGAGGAGACGAAGACGAAGACGAAGAAGAGAAGUGGCGGAGGGGGUGGAUUCGUAUUCCGAUUGUGGAAGGGAAUCUUCGGAGGCGGCGGCGACGACUUCGAGAAGAAGCUGGAGAACCUCUCCAAGGAGGAGGCCUCCGUCCACAAGCGCCUCAAAAAGCGCGCGCACUCCUCCCGCCGCAUGGCGCGCAACGUCAUUGCUCUAUCGGUGGGCCUCGAGGGUGUGGCGGUGAUGUAUGCUAUCAUGACGACAAGAUCAGGGGAUCUGAACUGGCAGAUGAGAGCAAUUAGAGUGCUGCCUAUGUUUGUAGUACCUGCUUUAGCUACCAUUGUCUAUUCAGCGCUUGUAAGGCUCACAAGAAUGCUUGACCUGAAGGACCAAAAAACGCUCGAAAGACUUCGUGCAGAAAGGAAGGCAAAGAUCGAUGAGCUCAAAGAGAGAACAAAUUACUACACCACACAACAACUUAUUCAGAGAUAUGACCUUGACCCAGCGGCGAAGGCUGCUGCAGCAUCUGUUCUACCAUCUAAACUUGGGUCCGAUUCUGGGUUGAAAGUCUAUGUGGGAGAUGAGUCCAACAUCGACUCCUCUACAGGAAAAAGCAAUGAUUUUGAGCUGGCAGAAGCCAGUGGACUCCGAUAUAGGAAGGCGGUAGCUCAUAUGAAAGCCGGUAGCACAGGAAGCAGCCCAACUUAUCAACUUAUUGAUGGAUCAAUGAACGACGAUUUAACCGUUGCUGAAGAAAGUACAGUUUCAAACCGUAAUAUUGUUGAAAAUUAUAAGGGCUCAGGUGUUAAUUCUGGAGGAUGGUUCGCUCGAAUUGCUGCCUUGCUGGUGGGAGAAGAUCCAACACAGUGUUAUGCGCUGAUAUGUGGCAAUUGCCGUAUGCAUAAUGGGCUUGCGAGAAAAGAAGAUUUUCUGUACAUUACAUAUUACUGUCCACACUGUCAUGCCUUGAACGGGUCGCGACAGCUUGGGGAGCACGAAAUGGUGUCUGCUUCUGACAAUGGGACUCCGACCUCUCCAGACAGUGUUAGUAUGCAGGAUAACUCUAGCAGUAUGAGCUCUAUGUCAUCCACUCCGGUCGCUAAUUCUUCAAAAACUGCUCCUCAAGUGCCUGUAGAGAGUGAGCAAAAUGGUCAGAACAACUCUAGAAACGCGAGCUCUGUUUCAUCUGCUUCGGUUGAGAAUACUUUGGCAACUGUCGAAGAAAUGCCAAGAGGCGAUGAGGAAAAAUAAGUCGAAGAUGCUGAAGCUUCAUGACACUCUUUAGAAGUUGAUUGUGUCGUUUUUAGAUUUGCGUCGCCUGCUAUACUCCGUGUGUUUAUAUUCUGGCAAUCGGCAUUGGUACUUUGAUUUGCGUCUGGUGUUUUGCACAGAAUAUUGGAGAUCCUUUUUGGUUAUUAUUAUUAUUAUUGUUGUCAUUUUUGGUGGUUUGAGGUUGGUUGUAUGUCGAGUUGUCGAUGUAUAGAUAGUUUUAUAAUUCAUUAUUAUUGUGGAUGAAUUAUUAGUUGAACUUAGUGAGAGAUUGUACUCUGCUUUCGUAUGAGAGCGAAAAAAUUAAUAUUUGUGAAUUUGUUCAUCCUA